AUGCUGCCAAUAACGUUCGUCCUCGGCACAGCGCGGCCAAUAGUGGACAUGCGCAUUUUCCUCGACCAACCUUCUCCCCUGCUGGAUCGAGUCCGAGAUGCCUCCUCCGUGAAACACGUUAUGCGCCUGCAAGCGACCAACUGGGAGCUCAAAGGAGUGGACUACGAUCCUGCUAGUUUCUCUCUGGACGUGCGCGGAUCUCUCUUCGCCCAGUCAUCCCGGCCGAACCAGCCUGCUGUUGUCACCAGCUACGCCAGCAGCAGCAAGCAAGUGCAAGGGAACGGCUCUAGCUUCAGCUUCAGCAGCAGCAGCAGUGCUGGUGUGGGUACCACUAUGACUGCUUUCAGCAUCACCAGCGGAUCUGGGAGCAGCAGUAGUAGCAGCAGCAGCAGCAGCAGCAGUAGCAGUAGCAUGAGUUACGGUGGGCGGCAGGGUGCCGGCCGGAGUGUGCUGCGGGGGCAGAUGGCGGUGACGGUGGGCAUGCAGGUGCCGCCCAACCUCUUCCUCGUUCCCCGCCAGUCCAUCGAGGCCGUUGGCAGUGCGGCGUUGCAGCAGCUGCUGGCAUCAAUGAAGGACAGAGUGAACAACCGAGUUCUCAGCGACUAUGCCAAGUUCUCUGAUGAGCGCGCUCGCUCUGCUGCCACCUCAAGGCGCCUCCCCAACUCCAAGCCCUAA